AUGUCUCGUAUUCAUGGCGUUUCCAACCCCCAGCACCGAGUUAGCGCGGGUCCGAAGCGACCGACCGAUUCCAUGUAUAUGUCACUAAAAGUGAACAUCUCAAUGAUCAUCCUCAUUGCUACAUUCAUCUUCGUUUUCGCCACCAUUAUCCGUUCCUCCACACCAUCUCCGCUCCCUCCUUCACACGCGGCAUCCGAUGGAGAGACGAUUAUUAGAAGAUUUCAAACUCUGGGCAGAACGACUGUCUGGAAGAGUAUUGCAAACAUUAGCUUCCAUGGUGACACGUUUGAACCCGAAGGUCUCGUCCGCUUGGGCCCGGAUCGUUAUGUAGUUAGUUGUGGAGAGUAUACUGAGCGUACGCAAAAGUAUCCUCAUCCCAUCAAUGGGACCGAUCGGACGCCAGGAAAAGGAUUUGCCCAUUUGAUGGUGUAUAAUGGCAAGGGAGAACGAAUUGCUGACGCGACGAUUACAAGAGAGGGGGAUGAAGAGUAUCACAACGGCGGGAUUGACUACGAUGGACAGUGGAUUUGGGGGACUGUUGCACAGUACCGGCCAAACAGCACAGCAUAUAUUUAUAAAGCAAACCCAUAUAACUUGAAGACAGAGAUCGUGCUACAGUUUACCGAUCAUCUGGGCGGCAUCGUUCACGAUACUACCAAGAACAGCCUCACAACACUAAACUGGGGAAGCCGAAAUGCAUAUGUCUGGGCUCUCAAAGAGGGAGGAGUGGCCGAUUGUUUCAUCCAAAAGCCUAAGUCAACGACCCGCAACCCAAGUUACUUCGUCGACUACCAGGAUUGUAAAUGGCUGGGCCAAAGCGAAUUCUACAAUGGCGCGAGCGUGAUGCUUUGCUCUGGCGUGACUGCCUUGGAUGGCGGUUAUAGUCUCGGUGGGAUUGCGUUGGUUCAUGCUGAGACAAUGCAACCUUUGGCUGAAGUGCCAGUCAUGCUCGAGAGCGAGCUUGGAGUGAGAAUGACGCAAAAUCCCAUGGAUGUGAGCGUGGAAGGCGGCAAGUUGAGAUUUUACUGGCUUCCAGAUCAGAGAAAUAGCACAUUGUACAUAUAUGAAGCACAACCUGAUAGUCCUUUUGAGUAUGGCGGAGGACAGAUUUAA